AAACAAUUAUGUUUUAUUAAAUUCAGUUUCAAAACAGAAGAAGAUCGAAUUAUCCUGAAAGUAAAAAAUUGUGAUGCAAUAAAAGAUAAACUUUCAGUUCUUAGUUUUCUUUUAAGUAGAAGUCGUUUGCAAAUUUGUAGGAGAAUCAAUACUCUAAAAAUGGAGCCAUUAAGAACUGAGAGAAUCAUAUGGACUGAUCAACUUCGUCAAGAAUUAUUUUCUAGUAUACUUAGAGUUACUAAUACUGUAAAAUGGCGUAAAUUAAAAAAAUUAAAGAUCACAGCUCAAACUUGGAAUGAAAUUGUUAAAAAUUUUCCUCAAUCUAUUAAUGCUGAAAAAGCUAGAAUUUAUUGGGAUACUUGGAUGAAAACUAUGUUAUUUUCAAAAGAAACUCUGCAUUAUUCAUCCAUGAAAUUAUCUAUAUUAGAAUUUUUGCUCACUAUGAAACCUAAAAAGUGGUCUGAUAUAAAUUGGGUAACAGUUUCCAAAAAAUUAUUUCCAAGGAUAUCUAAUAAAUUUGUGGGUACAUUAUUUCAUUCGUGGGUAAAAUAUAAUGUACCAGAAGAACAAAAAUGUGAUAUUAAUAAAGUUUUAAAUUACUUAACAAAAAAUUGUAAGGAAGAUUUAAUGGAAAAGAUUCAAACUGGACGUGAUAAACCAGUACCAAAACUAUCAGUAAGAGGUAAAGACAAGUUAAUAAAUUUAAACAAGGAAAAAGAUGACUAACUAUGAUAUCAUCAUUGAAAAUAAUUAUCAAGAGCAUUAAGAAAUUGUUACUUUUAUAUUUUAGACAUAACUGUUUUUAAUAACAAAUGAGUAUUUUGUUGAAUAAAUAUUUAAUGAAGCUAAUACAUACAUUUUACAGUUUUUGAAUA